UUUAAAUCACUGGGGGCUGCAAAGGCUACUAUUACUAUGAAAUCUUUUGGUCCAGAUGGAUACUUAUUGAGAUUAUAGUCUCUCGAACUUGUAUGGGAUGUUGGUCAUCAGGCAUACCAACACAAGAUUCUUACAGGUAGAAAGUCCAGAAUGCACACCAUUAGGAAGACUUUGGGGCUGGCAGGUUUUCCAAAAAGGGAUGAGAGCAUUCAUGAUGCUUUUGGGGUAGGACACAGUUCUACAAGCAUAUCUGCUGGUCUUGGCAUGGUCAUUGCACGUGAUCUACUUGGGAAGAAGAACAACAUCAUAUCAGUGAUAGGAGAUGGGUCAUUGACAACAGGCCAAGCUUACGAGGCCAUGAACAAUGCAGGCUUCCUUGAUUCUAACAUGAUAGUAAUAUUUAAUGUCAACUACAUUACUUGUUUUCAUCAAGAAUAUUUUUCUCAGCGUGAAUGUUCUGGGAAAUUCUUCAAUGCCCUUGGGUCUGUGCAGAUUUUGUUUAUAUAUGUAGAAGUUGAGACACAAACAGAUACAAGCCAGGCAGUUAGGCAGUUCAAAGAUUUAUGCAAGUAUUUGUUAAUGUUUUUUGCUUUUUUUCAUUUUGAUUACUCAUUUAUCAGAGCUAUAACCACCACCACUUUGAGAUCAGAUAUACAUUGUUUUGGAUUUGGUUUAAUCUAA